AUUUCAUCAUUAAGGUACCUUGGGACAAAGAUCCUGAGCUUUCUUCCCCCCUUGGCUCCCUCAAUCUGCAAGCUAACUGAGAGAGGCUCUGGACCCUUUGACCCCCGACGCUUUGCUCGAUCCUCAUUAGCCCUCCUGUUAUCUUUUCAGCUCCCAUUGCACGGCGGUGUCACUAGCUUGGCUCUCACAUCGACCAAGGUUCACUUACCCCUCACCAGGAAAGCAUCGCGACAAUCAGCCAAGAAGCUUUCCGUCUUUGAAACAGCCAUGAUGAAAUACCCAGAGUCAUAUACCGGAAUUAGAAUCAGCAUCCGGCAAUGCGUGCCGUGAGACUGCGAACGGGCCUUGGUACAGUAACUCAGGGUCUGAAGUGACGUAGGCUGAACCCCUGUAAAGUGGGAGAUGACGAAAGAGGGGGGCAUGCAGAUGUUGGCACUUUGGUGAGAUCUAAUGGAUCUGCCGGUUUUAUUUCUCCAUUCUGUAAAUGAGACUUGAACAAAGUCGGAAAUGGUUCGUUAUUAUCAGCUGCGGGCUGAGAGGUAUAAGAAGGGCGGAAUGUCGCUGCUGCAUUGAGUUCUUUGUCACAUCAAACCACUUCACUUACAUCUACAACCCAAAUCAAUACACUCAAACUCACAAUGGAUUUUAUCAAGAACGCUGUGUCUGGUGGCUCCAAGUCUGAUGAUGCCUCCAAGACCGACUCCAAGAACCAGGAGGACUAUGUCGAUAAGGGUGUUGAAUUCCUCAACAAGCAGGGUGGCUUCAACAUCUCCCGCGACAACCAGGAGAAGGCUACCGACUUUGCCCGCAGCCAGUACGAGAAGCAGACUGGGUAAGUGGCGUUUGCCCUUCAUCGUGGCUUGAACUGUGGCUAACAAUCCUCAGCAACAAGGUCGACCCCAAGAUCUCUAACUAGAGAGAGGAAUAAUGUUUAAUGACGGAAGCUCAAAUAGUGUGAGCAUGAAUUAAUAUGACAUAAUUACUUCAAUUCAAUUCGAUGGGUCCAAGUGACAUCAAGGUAGACGUGAAUAACUGCUCGUAGAUCAAACUCCUGCGAAUCAUCAAUCCACAAAAUAAACGAGUUGGAUCGGAAGGAUUGUUUCACUUCGAUACGAAUUGCUUACUCGCUUAGGAAUUUAGUUCUCUUCUCCAACUCAAACCCUUGUCUCAACCUGUGAUCUAACGAUCA